GUAAAUGGAGAGCGGAUGUCGUAAAAAGCAAAGCGACUGGUGUUGAAAAGACUCGAAUCUGAACCUAUUGUGGUCUUAGAGCAGAGUGAAGCCACUGCUUCAGAGAAAAGGAGAAUAAAGAGCGUUCAUUCACCGCAGACGAACCGGUGUUGAAGCGGACCGACAUGGGCACCCCAGCAGCACACAGACAGCGGUGCCCUUUGUGAAGAGGAGCACAUCGUACAGUCGGAAAUAUCCGGUAUAUGAAGAGUUAAGACUCGACAUCUCAACUGUUUAUUCCAGGAGCUAGCAGGCUAGCUGGCUACAUCCCCCGGAGCUAGACAUGGGAAGACCGUGUGUUUGAGUGAGUGAGUUUUUCCUGAUAGAGGUCUUCGUUAAGCUUUCAAAGCGUUCUCAUUGAUUGGACAAUUGCGGCUUAAAGAAAGAAGCUUGAGUUACUGCAACUUUGAUGAAUGAAGUCAACUGAACACUAAGCAAUUUACUUCUAUUACUACUACUACUACUACAACUACAACUGCUUCAACUACAGGGACGGACAGAGGGGAAAGUCGGACAGAACUGGCUCAAGGUUGCAGACAAACUCUAAGAAGAAAAAAAAACAUGACCCCCUGGCUUCUGCCAGAAACUGGCACGGGGCAGCAGUGCCAACCCCGCCUCUGUCUGCCGCUUUAGAAGCUACGCCGGUCAGCCAUGACGGAGAGGCAUUGAGGUUCACUCCCUGUUGAUCAUCUCGAUACCUCUCCUCGUCCCUAUCCCUCAAGAUCCUCUCCCCUGUCCCGUCCACAUCAUGCUGCGCUUCCUACCCAUCAAACUUGGUCGCCUGUACCGCUGUCUGAAGCUCCUGCUGGUGGUGGGGCUGUUUGUCAUCUUGUUGAUGAACACCCACAACCUGUUUGCCUCCUUCCAGAAGAAUGAGCUCACCGACCGGCGCUUCAUCAACCUCAACAAGUGUCCCGCCUGCUUUGGCACCAGCUGGUGCCGCAAGUUCAUGAACGGCCAGGUGUCUUUUGAGACCUGGGGUCGGCUACGAUUUCUAGACGUCUUCAAUGUCAAGAAUGUUUACUUUGCUCAGUAUGGUGAGCCCAGGGAGGGUACACGACGUGUGGUACUUAAACGCCUCGGCUCAAACCAGGAGUUGGCUGAAAUAGACCAGAAAAUUUGCAAGAGGGCCACUGGCAGGCCACGCUGCGACAUAAUCCAGGCCAUGUACAAGACUGAAUUUGCCAGGAUCAACGGCGAUGUUCGCCUACUCACUCCAGACGUAGUGGAGGGAUGGUCAGACCUGGUGCACUGUCCCUCUCAGAGGCUGCUGGACCGAGUGGUUCGCAGGUAUGCUGAGACCAAAGACUCAGGCAGCUUUCUGCUGAAGAACCUCAAGGACACAGAGAGAAUGCAGCUGCUAAUGACGUUGGCAUUCAACCCAGAACCGCUCGUAUUACAGAGCUUUCCUUCAGAUGAAGGGUGGCCAUUUGCCAAGUACCUGGGAGCAUGUGGGCGCAUGGUGGCUGUCAACUAUGUUGGCGAAGAGCUGUGGAGCUUCUACAACGCCCCCUGGGAGAAGAGGGUGGACUUGGCACGGCAGCUAAUGGACAUCGCAGAGCAGCUCACCAACAAUGACUUUGAGUUUGCCCUUUACCUGCUCGACGUCAGCUUUGAUAACUUUGCAGUCGGCCCCCGCGAUGGAAAGGUUAUCGUCGUUGACGCGGAGAACGUUCUGGUGGCGGACAAAAGGCUGAUCAAACAGAACAAGCCUGAAAAUUACGACGUUUGGUACGAAAGCCGUUUCGAGGAGUGCGACCGCGAGGCCUGCCUCUCCUUUUCCAAGGACUCCCUCUGCUCAAGGGUCACCGUGGACCACAACUACUAUGCCAUCUGUCAGAACCUGCUGUCCCGGUUCGCUAAGUGGCGGGGAACCACGGGGGGCCUCCUCCACGACCCCCCCGCCCACAUAGCCAAAGACGGACAACUGGAGGCUUUGUUGGACGAGUGCACCAAACCCAAAAAGCGCUACGGCCGCUUCCAGGCCGCCAAGGAACUGCGCGAAUACCUCACACAGUUAGCUGCUGCAUCCUACUCUGCCACCGCCAGGUAGUGAACGGAGUCGGCGUUUGAGGAAAACGCACCGAGAGACUGUCCGGACUCUAAAGAUCCUGGUUCUUGUACAUGAUGUCAUUUGCUCCGUGGUUUGAUCUGGAGCAGGAAGGCUGUGAAGGCCUUACAUCGAGAAGCGAGAGAAUCCUCUUCAAAAGCAAAUCUGGUGAGGCUCCAGCUUUAACCUGACUUGGCUCCGAUGUGACAGAGCAUUGUGGGACUGAGAGAGAGUCUGCUUCGAACCAGGGAACAGAGGAAACCUCUCCUCUCAGUUGGUGGCCCUGCCAGGUCUCUAAAAAAACAACAAAGAAGAAGAAAAAAGUGUGGAGUGAGAGAGGGCUGUGGACCCAGGCUAACACCAACCACCGCAGCCCUGACCUGGUCCAUUUAUGUGUCCACUCCUCAACCUAUCAGAACUGCUGUGUUUCCUCUCACCCCCGUGGAUUUCCCUCUGUUACCGUCUCACUCCUUAUUCCUUUUUUCAGGGCUGAGUGUAAGGAGAUGGCUACAUUUACAUUUUUGCUGUGCCAUGGCUUUUUUUUCCCCUCCUCUGUAGCACGGCUGCAGGGAGGGUGGAGGUAGCAUGAAUCCUCCUGCUGUCAGGCAGCAGGUAGAGCAGGGAGAUGCAGGGGAGCUGGGGUUUGGCUUUUCAUGCAGUAGAGAAAGAAAAAACCCUUUACGGCUAACGGCAAUCACACCACCAACCCCCCGGAACUUUACUUUUUUUUUUCUUCUGUUUUUUCUUCCCCGUUAAUAGGAACCAGAGAGUGACAGCAGCACAUAGAAAAGGGAAAAGGGUAAAUUAUACCGUGGCGUUCCCUUGAUGCAGAUGUGCCUAUACCAAAGAGGCUAUAUGUUAUUUUUAAAACCCCCGGCAGUACAGAGUGACGGCACACUUCCCUUCAGUCGUUCCCCCAUAAAAGCUGCCCAAAGGAACCUCGGUGUGUACUUUAUCUGGGGUGAACUUGCAGACAUGCAUACUGAUGAUCCACUCAGUAUGAACAAAAGACAAAAGAUUGGCAAUACUUGAUCUCAGCUGAACCCCCAGGGCCUUCUGUCCUCUCUGAAGGUGCAUAAAUAACCACCACACCGUCCGUGUUUAUUUUCUUUUUCUUUAAUGAAUUUAACUUAAGGUAUAAGUGAUAUUUUUGGGCCUUUUUCAACAACAGAAACAUGGCUUCCAAUGUUCUUUUUUUUCUUAGGGGACAAAUCUUGUCAAACUUCAGUGCCAUCAGCUCCUCCAGUUAAUUAAUAAAAAGGGAAUAAUUGUUUUAAUUCAGUGGUUUUUCUUUUUUCU